UGCGAAGUGGGAACACGAGCAGUCGACUGCGCUGUUGGAACAUCUAGCAAGCAGAUCGGAGACGACGUCGGUAGACCGCGAUGGAGUUCGAAGAAGUCCUGAAGAGCACCGGAGGGUUCGGCUCUUUCAAUAAGACUGUGAUGAUGGCGGUACUGGUGCUGGCAACCUUCAGGACAUCGCUGGCCUACCUUGGCCACUUGUUUGUGCUCGUGACUCCGUCCAGUCAGUGGUGCUUCGCCGAAGACAGUUCUUCAGGUUUGCCAGAGACCACGUCUCUACCCACGGGCAAGUGUCAGAUGAUGCUGCCCUCGAGUGACGGCUACGGAUCAAACGCAAGCUUUGUGAGGGAAGAUGUGCGGGAGUGCCUCACGGGAUGGGUUUUCGACAGCGACGAAUUCUUUACCACGAUCACCAUGGAGAAUCAAUGGCUUUGCAGUGAAAGCUGGAAAAUGUACGCCGUACACACCUCAUUUUGGGUGGGCUCUAUGCUUGGCUACCUGCUCUCCGCUCUUCUGGCUGACAGGAUUGGAAGGAAGAAGACUCUUCAAAUUCUGAUUGUGAUUUGCUCAAGCGCGAGCUUGGCGGGCACCUUGCUCACGGACCUGGUCGGAUUCACGGUUCUCAGAUGCCUCGCCGGCAUGGGGGCCUACACAGUGUGCAGUACUGUCUACGUGCUCGUUGUCGAAUACACGGUGUCGAGGAAGCGAACUUUCAUCGCUUUCACGUGGGCUUCGACGUGGACGGUGAUAGGCUCGCUGUACCCCUGGUAUGCCUACUUCCUCCAGAGCUGGAGGGGUCUGCUCGUCACCAACGGAUGCGUCGACCUCCUGCUGCUGCUCACAUUGUGCUGGGUUCCGGAGUCCUCAAGUUGGCUGAUGUCUGCGGGUCGCACCAAGGAAGCGCUCGACACGCUCGAGAAGGUGGCCCGCUUGAACGGAAGUGCGACAACACGACGAGAACUUCAAGUGCUCUUAAGUGUAAGUCCAAAUACUCCUAUCAUACAAAUCCCACUAACAAAAUUAGAUAAAAAAAAUAUCUCUUUCUCCGAGACGACAGUGGCCAUUUGGAAAAUGCCUCGGAUUCGAAAAUUCACCUUGCUGAUCUACGCGGCGUGGUUUGCUAUCAGUCUCUGCUACAAUGGCGGCACUUUGGAGUUGGGCAGGCUGGGCCUCAACAUUUACUCCACUUACUCCACCGCCAUCGCAUUUGAGCUCCCCGUGAACGUUCUUUGCAUCCUGACGCUGGACAACUUGGGACGCCGGUGGCCCAAUGUGGCCUUCAUGUUGCUCGGAGGCGUCGCGUGCUUGGUGGUGGCUCUCGUGCGCACAGAUUCCGAGCUUGCUGUCUUGGUGAUGGCCGUGGUGUCCAUCAUGUCGUUCAGCGGGGGAUACACGGUCACGUACCAGCUGGCGGGAGAGCUCUUCCCAACGGUGAUCCGCGGCCGUGCCAUUCUGAUUCAGAGGUUCAUCGGGGACGUCGGCGGCCUACUGGGCACACGGGUGGCUUCCUUGGCCGAAAGCGACAAGUACAUUCCCAUGCUGGUGAUGGGUGUCGUGGCGUUGACUGCCUCCUUUAUACUGUUCUUUUUACCGGACACGGUGAACGAGGCACUACCACAAACGUUGGAAGACGGCGACAACGUUGGCCGGGGCCAGGGACUCUGUUUUUGCCCUGUUUUUGCUUCAAAACCGGCGUCGCCAAAGAAGCGGCCGGAGGUCGAGGCAUACGUGACAACUACGCGUGAAACCAACACAGUGUUCACAAAGAAAGUGAACACUAGUGUAGCGAUAUAGCAAUUCGAUCUGUCACAGACGGGCGAUAAAAGUGAAUCUAUUAAUAAAAUUUAGCUUGUCGGUUUUUUUCAA